AUGGCAGGCAAACAUUCAGAGAAUCCCGACGGUGCGCCAGCAAAGCGCCAGAAGACGACUGGCGAUAUGAAUCCUCAAGACAAUCCCUACCUCGCUCACUGGCAUGACAACGAGUCGAAUGGCUAUGCGAACGGUUAUGCCACGCCUCCCAACCAGAGUGAUAGCCCUCUGGCGAAAUUCCCCCGCCACCAGACGACUGCUGCCAUGGCCCAAGCCGCCGAAGAUGGCAAGGUUAAUCCGUUCACAGGACGGCCUCUAUCCGAGCGAUACUUUUCAAUUCUGCGAUCCAGACGAGACCUCCCUGUGCAUGCACAGCGAGACGAAUUCCUCCGAUUGUACCAGAAAUCGCAGAUUCUCGUCUUCGUCGGAGAAACGGGUUCCGGAAAGACCACCCAGAUUCCCCAGUUCGUGCUGUACGACGACUUGCCGCAGCAGGCAGGCAAGAUAGUUGCAUGUACCCAACCCCGACGAGUGGCUGCCAUGUCGGUAGCCGAGCGUGUUGCGCAAGAGAUGGACGUCAAACUCGGCGAGGAAGUCGGGUACAGCAUUCGAUUCGAGGACAUGACGAGCCAAAAGACAGUCCUCAAAUACAUGACGGAUGGAAUGCUUCUGAGAGAGGCCAUGAACGACCACGAGUUGAAGAGAUACAGCACCAUCAUCCUGGACGAGGCCCACGAGCGGACCCUGGCCACGGAUGUGCUGAUGGCGCUUCUGAAGGAGGUGGUACUACGCAGACCGGACUUGAAAUUGAUCAUCAUGUCUGCAACGUUGGAUGCUCAGAAGUUCCAGCGCUACUUCAACGACGCGCCACUGUUGGCAGUGCCUGGACGCACUCAUCCCGUCGAGAUCUUCUACACUCCAGAACCGGAGCGAGACUACGUCGAAGCGGCCAUCAGGACUGUUCUUCAGAUACACGCGACCGAGGCGGAGGGUGAUAUUCUGUUGUUUUUGACGGGAGAAGAAGAGAUCGAGGACGCAUGCCGCAAGAUCUCUCUCGAGGCAGAUGAGAUGAUCCGUGAAGCUGAUGCUGGGCCGAUGAAAGUCUAUCCUCUGUACGGAACUUUGCCUCCUGCUCAGCAGCAAAAGAUCUUCGAGCCCGCACCACCUCCGCGACGACCUGGCGGUAGACCGGGACGGAAAUGUAUCGUUGCCACCAACAUCGCCGAGACGUCUUUGACCAUCGACGGAAUCGUCUACGUGGUCGACCCGGGAUUCUCCAAACAGAAGGUCUACAACCCUCGCAUCCGUGUCGAGUCUUUACUUGUGUCGCCAAUCUCCAAGGCUUCGGCGCAACAGAGAGCCGGUCGUGCGGGCCGUACCCGGCCCGGAAAGUGUUUCAGACUGUACACCGAAGGAGCAUUCAAGAAAGAACUAAUCGAGCAAACCUAUCCCGAGAUUCUGCGGUCCAAUCUGUCAUCCACGGUCUUGGAGUUGAAGAAACUGGGCGUUGACGAUCUGGUGCAUUUCGACCUGAUGGAUCCUCCCGCUCCAGAAACGUUGAUGCGGGCGCUGGAAGAAUUGAACUACCUUGCCUGUUUAGACGACGACGGCAACUUGACGACCAUGGGCCGAUUGGCGUCCGAGUUCCCUCUGGAUCCUGCACUGGCGGUGAUGCUGAUCUCGUCCCCGGAGUUCUACUGCUCGAACGAGAUUCUGAGCUUGACAGCUUUGCUUUCGGUGCCUCAAGUCUUUGUCCGCCCGGCAUCGGCGCGUAAGCGUGCAGACGAGAUGAAGAAUCUGUUCGCCCAUCCGGACGGCGAUCAUCUGACCUUGCUCAACGUGUAUCACGCCUUCAAGGGACCCGAAGCGCAGGCGAAUCCGAGACAAUGGUGUCACGAUCACUUCCUCAGUCUGCGGGCUCUACAGUCGGCCGACAAUGUGCGUCUGCAGCUCAAACGCAUCAUGGAGCGCGAAGAACUGGAGCUGAUGUCAACACCUUUCGAGGACAAGAAGUACUACGACAACAUCCGACGCGCCCUGGUGUCGGGCUUCUUCAUGCAAGUGGCCAAGAAGGAGGCCAACGGCAAGACCUACACGACCGUCAAAGACAACCAGACCGUUCUUCUGCACCCGAGCACGGUCCUGGGCCAGGAGAGUGAGUGGGUGCUGUACAACGAGUUUGUGCUCACCAGCAAAAAUUACAUCCGCACCGUCACCGCGGUGCGCGGCGAGUGGUUGUUCGACAUUGCGCCGGGAUAUUACGACAUUGACAGUUUCCCCAAGGGCGAAGUCAGGACCGCGUUGCAGCGAAUAGUGGAGAGAAUGGCUCGACGACAGAAGAUGAAGGGGGCCCGAUAA